AUCCCGGAUCCCGCUGCCAGCUCUGUACCGCGAGUUCCGGGCGCUGCGGCGGCUCCGGGGCCCCUCGGGGACGGCGCCGAAUCCCGAACCCCAAACGGCCCCGGAGCAGGAGCAGGUGGAGGAUUCGGGAUUUUGGGGUUCCCACCUGAACCGGGCGCCGAAAAUUCCCGGGAAAAGCCGGAGCGGGAAACCCCGGCCGGGAAUUUCGGAGUUUUAUGGGAUGAAGCUCAAAGCCAAACUGGGAACAACUGGGAAGGAGCCCCCUCUGACCCCACGGAGGAUCCCAAAUCCCCACAGAACCCCAAAAAUCCUCCAACCCCAAAAUCCCUCGAAUCCCCCGAUCCCCCAAUCCCAGCAAACCCCGGAGCUCGGAGCCGAAGCUUCGCCCGCGGAGCCGCCGGAAAAAAAACCCCAAAACUCCCCGGAAUCCCCGGAGCUCCUCCCGCCCCCCAAUCCCAAAUUUCCCGCUGAUCCCGAGCGCUUCCGGCGCCUCCGGCGGAGCCUGGCCCGCACCUUGAGCUCGCUGGACCCCGGCUGGAUCCGGCGCUGCCAGGAAAAUCCGGCGGCAAUCGGCGCCCGAUCCCGCGGGGAUUCCGGCGACGCCGGCAGGAAACGGCGCCGGGACGACGCCGCCGCCGCUCCGGCCAAGCUCCGCAGGAUCCCCGGAAAAAAACGCGACGGGAACGAGGAGGAGGAGGAGGAAUCGCAAAGAGGAGCUGGGAAAGCGCCGGAGCCGGGCGGGGAAAUCCCGCAGGACGAGGAAGAGCAGGAGGAAAAACCCAAAGCCUCGCGCAGAGCGCG